UAUCACGAUUUAACCUGUUGCUGUUCUUUCAAAGAAGAAGAACAAUCGACACCGUUCUGUUAUCACUGAAGGUAGAAGUUAAAAGUGUUUUUUACUUUUGUAUAUAUUCAGAUAGAGCUUUUUGAUAGAGCUAUUUGUUUUCUUCUUAUCAAAUAUGGUUGAAGUAAAACGGUCGAACUGAUCAAGUCUUCGUGUUCAGUUAAACGCCCACGAGUUACUGAAGAACGGUGGCAUGUAGGUUUUGCAUCACUAGCAGCCUGCGCAGCAGCAUUCACCACGGCGGGGGAAAUCAGACCUAUCGUGUGCAGGGUGGUUAUCUACCUACAGCGGGACAUGUCAGGAGAGAGCUGCCUGCCCCAGCUUCAACCGCAAACCGGGCCCAUUGUGUCAGUCUCUUCAGUGGCCUGCCCCAAGACUAACACCUGCAAUUACCGCGGUGUCACUGGCAACAAGUACGUGCAGCUCAAUGUUGGCGGAAAUCUUUACUAUUCCACACUGCAAGUGCUCACCCGACAGGACACACUCCUGCGAUCCAUGUUCAGCGGCAAGAUGGAGGUGCUCACUGAUAAGGAAGGUUGGAUUCUAAUAGAUCGCUGUGGGAAACACUUUGGUUCGGUUCUCAGCUAUCUCCGUGAUGGAUUUGUGACCUUGCCCAAGAGCAGACACGGUAUCAUGGAGCUCCUAGCAGAAGCCAAGUAUUAUCAGAUCCAGGGAUUGAUAGACUUGUGCCAGAGAGCCCUGCAGGAUAAUGAAGAAAAGGCUUUGUGUGUUAUCCCAGUCAUAACAUCUCCUAAAGAGGAAGAGAGGCUGAUACAAGGCUGCGUAAGGCCUGUUGUAAAACUGCUUUACAACCGAGGUAACAACAAAUAUUCCUAUACCAGCAACUCGGAUGACAACCUACUCAAGAAUAUCGAGUUGUUUGAGAAGCUGUCUCUGAGUUACAGCAGUCGUGUGCUCUUCAUUAAAGAUGUCAUCGGAGAUGAGAUCUGCUGCUGGUCCUUUUACGGACAGAGCCGUAAGCUAGCAGAAGUCUGCUGCACAUCCAUCGUUUAUGCUACUGAGAAGAAGCAGACAAAGGUUGAGUUUCCAGAAGCACGGAUCUACGAGGAGACGCUAAAUGCCCUGCUUUAUGAGACUCUCCCAGUCCCAGAUAACUCCCUGUUGGAGGCCACCCGCAGACGGAACAAUUGUUGCUCACACAGUGAAGAGGAGGAAGCCGUGGAGCUGAGGGAGCGCGUGCGGCGCAUCCACAUUAAAAGAUACAGCACUUAUGAUGACAGACCACUUGGACAUUAGCCUAACUGUGAAUUGAGGCUUCCAAGACAUUUUAUAUAUAUACAGUGGGUACGGAAAGUAUU